CUCACUCUCUUCCCUCUCCCAAAACCCAACGCUCCUUUCCCACUGGCUUCGCAAUUCACUUCCCACUCUCGUUUUCGUUGGUUUUGUCCUUUGGCCUAUCCGUUCAUUCAAUAAGUUUUCAGUCCUCUCUUUCUUUUUCUUUUUUCCUUCCUGCGAUUUCUUUUCAUUCCCUUUCGUUCCCUUAUUUUUUCCCCCUUCCCUUCUUUGAAACAUCCAACGAUCCUUUAUUUAACAGCAAAAGGACACUACAAAACCAAGGAAAUAGAGAAAGGAAAUCCCACACCUUCAUUAGAACUCCGUUCAAAACAUCGACCUUCGCUUCUAUUCUCAUACGGCAUAAACAAUGCGUCUCUCUAGCCUCCUCCCGCUCGCCCUAGCAGUGAGUCCGGCCGUGGUCUCCGCUGCUGGCACCUUCGGCUUUGCCAUGGGCGUCAAGAACGCCGAUGGAAGCUGCAAGACGCAAAAGGAUUUCGAGGACGACUUCGACGUCCUCAAGGCCCAUACGCGGCUAGUCCGGACGUAUUCCGCGAGCGACUGCGAUAACGCCCUGACUAUCAUUCCUGCUGCGAAAGCGAAGGGCUUCAAGGUUGUUCUUGGGAUUUGGCCCGAUGUGGAAACCUCCUUCAAAGCUGAUACUGCGAUUCUGAAGAAGGCGGUCAAGGGAAAUGAAGACGUUAUCUCUGCUAUCACAGUUGGCUCCGAGACGCUCUAUCGCGGCAACUUCACUGGCCCAGAACUCCUGGCGAAAAUCAAUGAUGUUAAGAAACAAAUUCCCGGUGUACGCGUGGGCACUGCAGACAGCUGGAAUAAAUAUGAUGAUGGCACCGCUGAUGCUCUUAUCCAUGGCGGCGUGGAUUACCUGCUCGUCAACGCUUUCGCCUUCUGGCAGGCCCAGGAAGUUGGUAAUGCAACAGCCACCCUCUUCGACGACAUGGCCCGCGCCAUGGCCCACAUCCAGAAGGUUGCCGGCUCCCGCGCAAAGGAUAUCUACAUCGCCACCGGCGAAACCGGAUGGCCAACCGACGGCGGCUCCAACUAUGGCAACGCCAAAGCCGGCACGAGUAACGCGAAGACCUUCCACGACAAGGGCGUCUGCGCCCUACUCGCGUGGAACGUGGACGUGUUCUUCUUCGAGGCGUUCGAUGAGCCGUGGAAGCCGGAUAGCGUGGGUGAUAAUGGCAAAGCCGCGAGCGAGAAGCAUUGGGGCAUGUACACGGCGGAUCGGAAGGCGAAGUAUCAGGUCCAGUGUUAGGGAUGGAUAGGAAAAGGGGUGAGAGGACACAUGUAGCAGGUAGUUGUGGGUGAGGGUCUUGUCCUCUCUUUUCAAUUUUGCCGUGUUUGUGUUUAUUCCUGUUUUUCCUUUUGUUACUGACAGAUGUUUUGUUGGGAUAUAUGUAUAUGCUCCGUUCGGGGUAUAUGUGGAUACCAUAGAUCGAUAGAUACCACGUACACCAGGCAAUAAUUUUUUUCUUCUUUUUGCCAUUUACCUCUGUUUAUCUUGGCUAUUAUUAUUGGUGUAUGGUAUUUUUUCCUCGCAAUUACUCAUUUGCUCGUUCUCGUGUUA